GCGCGCCCGCAGCGCUCAGUCCACGCCGAGACGCGGCCGCGCGAGCACCAUGGCGCCCACCACCACAGUCACCACCACCGUCGCCAACAAUGACGAGGAUCCCUUCCCGUACAUGCGGCCCAGCGCGCUCGGCAAGUGGGAGUCUUUCAAGCUCGAGAUCUGGAACCCGUCCACCAAGCAGUUCCUCGGCAGGACCGCCAAGAGUUGGGGUGGUAUCGUACUGUUUUACCUGAUCUUCUAUGCUGCACUGGCUGCAUUUUUUGCAGUCUGCAUGCAGGGACUCCUUUACUGCCUAGAUGAUCACUCACCAAAAUGGCAAGGCAGCCAGUCUCUAAUUGGAACCAAUCCAGGAAUGGGCUUCAGACCAAUGUCAAGGGACAUUGAACAAGCUGGCUCACUUAUCUGGUACACAGCCAACAAUCAGACUAGUGUAGAUUAUUGGGUAGACAUUCUAAAUGAAUUCAGUGCACCUUACUACAAUGAAACUUUGAAGCAGACACUAAUGCACUGUGACUAUGAUCGUCCUAUUAUGGAUAAAAAAGGCUGCAUUGUGGAUACCAGUACAUGGGGAGACUGUAGACCUGAAAUGGGAUACAGCUACAAUCGUUCACGUCCAUGUUUCUUCAUUAAACUUAAUAAGAUAUUUGGCUGGGCACCAGAAUUUUACAAAUAUGAUUAUGAACUUCCAGAGCAGAUGCCAAAUGACUUGAAACAGCACAUAAAAAAUAUUAACAAGACUGACCCAAAGCAGUUAAAUACAAUAUGGGUAUCAUGUAGAGGUGAAAAUCCAGCAGAUAUGGAAACCAUUGGGCCCGUUAAAUACGUGAGUGGCUAUGGAUUGCCUGGGUAUUAUUUUCCCUUUAAAAAUCAGGAGAACUAUCUUACCCCUGUUAUUGCAAUCCAGCUUACAAAUGCAACGAAACAUGUGUUGAUUAAUGUUGAAUGCAGAGCCUGGGCAAAGAAUAUCAUUUACUCUAAAGUGAAAGGUGAACGAGAAGGUUCAAUGCAUUUAGAACUGAUGAUGGACUAGCACCGUCUCCAGUACGGCUAUAGCAAGUUUGUGCCUAUUUUCUGCAGUUUUUGGUCCACUGAGAAGAUAUGUGCCAUUGUUUUCUGUAGUGGCAGAAGUCAAAACAAAUCUGCCAUGAAGAUAUAAUGAGGACUGCUUUAUCUGUGCUUUAACAAUAGGUAUUUCUGUGAGAGUAAUCGAGUUAGAAGUGUUGAAAAGUGCAUUUUUAGUGGGGAAAAUCAAAAACUCAUGAAUGAACCUGAUAUAUUGAUGUUUUUUGUGUUUCCCACAAGGAAUUCCAGUCAUAAAAGAGAAUUAAAAUUAUAUUUAUACUGAGUAUAUCAUAAUUUUUUCGCUUCUAUGUUUUAACUGUUCACAUGUUUGUGAAAAUAAUUAACAGAUUUAAACAUGAUUGGAGAAGGCUAUUUAAAUGAAACACAAAUGUUUAGAAAUCAGCAGUACAAAUUUGUGGCUAUUACUGAGGACUGCACAAAAUUGUCAGGGGCAGGUCCGUGUGAGAAAAAAUAUGUUUGUGUGAUAUUUAAGAAAAAAAAGUAGAUGAUAAUUUAAUACAUAGACACUUAUUGCCUUUUAUUUGCAUGCUAAGUGUAUAUAUUUGAAAUAUAUUAUAAAACUGUGAAGUAAAUAA